AUGCUUGAUUCAAAAAUUCAACCAUUCUCUUCUCAUGACCACCACUACCACCACCAUCACACACCACCACCACCACCAUCAUCGGAACACUCUCCAUUGUUAAAUCAUCAUGUUGAGAUCAUUGAUCAAGACUACCAUGGUCACAAUGAUACUCAAUAUUACCAACAUGUGAAUCGUUCGAAUGAAAUGAAUUCAUCUCACUCACCUAUUUCCUUCUCACUACUACUGACUCGAUUAUUGAAACUCAUACAUCACUCGUGUUUAUCUCAAGAUUACAAAAAAACCUUCCUCUUUUAUUUCACAUCAUUUCUAUUACUUGCUAGUUUCAUUGUGUUUGAUGUACUUUCUACGUUAUAUUUUAAAAAAUCAUUGAAUUUAUUAUUUCAAUAUCCUUUUCUAGCCUCUGAAUUGAAUUAUAUCAUUACUUGUGUCUUGUUUUUUAUUGGACAUUAUAUCUAUUCUGAAAUUUAUUAUCCCAUGAAAAAUAAGAAAUUAAUGAUGAUUCAUGAAACGAAUUCAAGUAUCAAUGUAGUCACAAGUUCAAGUAUUCAUUCAAAUAUUCAUGAUUCAAAUAUUCAUGAAACUAGACCUAUUCAUUCAAGUAUUCAUGAAACGAAUUCAAAUAUUCAUUCAAGUAUUCAUGAAACGAAUUCAAAUAUUCAUUCAAGUAUUCAUGAAACGAGUUCAAAUAUUCAUUCAAGUAUUCAUGAAACUAGUUCUAUUAAACCUACUGAAACUUGUAAUUCUCCAAUUCCCAACCAUCAUUCUCUCUAUUCUAUUCAUUAUUUAAAUAUUUCCAUUUGUAAUAUUUUUGAAACUUUAUUUCAAAUUAUUGGAUCCAAUGGAAUGGGAAAGAAUAGUGGAACAUUAAUGGUAUUAUUAGCACAAAUGAAUAUACCAUUAUCAGUACUGUGUACAUUGUUAAUAUUUAAAGAGAAAUAUAAUACAUUACAAUGGUGUGGAGUUGUAUGUAUUUUAUUCGGAAUAUUUAUUGUCGUGAUAUUACCUUAUUUAGUAUCAUUGAGAGAAUCUACAAUAGAGGGAGGAUCAUCAUCACUCUUCUAUGCGUGUAUUUUUGUCGUGAGCUGUUUCUUUAGUGUUGGACAAAGAAUGUAUGAAAUGUAUAUUUUAAAGAGAGCCAUCAAGAAACAUCGAUCAACUAGGAAGAAUGUUGUAAAUUCAAGUUUGAAGAGAAUGGUCAAUGAAAAUUCAAGUUUGAAGAGAAUGGUCAAUGAAAAUUCAAAUUUGAAGAGAAUGGUCAAUGAAAAUUCACAUAUACCUAUGGAGAGUCAUGUUCCACUCAAUGUCUAUACACUUGGAUUCUACGAAAGAAUUUAUGAAUUGAUUUUAAAUACUCUCAUCAUGUUUCCUCUCUAUUAUUUCUUUAUUACUCAAUACGAAUCAUUGAAUUCAUUUAUUCAUGAUAUGAAUAUGGCAUUUAACAAUGUUUUAUUUGGAGAAAGACAAGGAUGGAUCACCAUUGUCGUAUUCAAUAUUUUCAGUUAUAUUUGGUUACAAUUGAGAUUAUUAUGUGUGCAAUAUAUCAAUGCUGAUAUUACGUUCUUUGCUAAUGCAUUUGCAUUUCCUUUUUGUACACUAGUUUUUGCAUUACCAUUUAUGAAAUUUAUUAUUCCUGAACAAUCAUCCAUUACACCCUAUCAUAUUGUGAGUAUUGUGGUGUUAUUUAUUGGGUUGGUAUUGUAUGGAAUUGGAGAACGACGAAGAAAACGUCAAGUUGAAAAAAACUGA